UUAAUUCUUUAAAAAUGGCUCUAAAUAACACAGAUAAUUCAACAAAAUCAAUUAAUAAUUUGCAAAAAUCAAAUUGUGCUUUAACAACAAAAUCAAUAAUUAAAAGUUCAAAAAGGAAAAGAAUUGAAGAAUAUUAUAAAAAGCAACAUGAACUUUAUGAAAAGUUUGAGCAGGACAGGAAAAGAAUUCAUGAAGCUCAACAGUUACGACUUUUACAGUCACAGAAUCAAAGUUUAAGUGCCACAGAGACUUCAAAAAUACUUCAACCAGAUUCUGAUCAGGUUUUUUUCUUAUUUAUAUUAAAUUAA